AUGGCGGGCGGUGACUCUAAGGACUCUCUCCUCACCAGAGCAAACAAGAGAAUCCAGGAGUAUCAUGAUGAGGGUGAUAGAAUCAACGAAGCUGUGAAGGUAGGAAGGGUGAUUUUCGAGACCUUCAACCAGAUCAGUGAAAGAAGUGGCGGCCUGGAGAAGAGCAUCUGGGCUACUGAUAACCAUGUCAGCUCUCUGGCUCAGCCUGACCAAGACAAAAACAAGUCACCAAAGAGCAACAAGGAGAACAAGAAAUCCAAGGACACCAAAGGGGAAACCAAACAGCAGACUCCCUUAAAGAACAAGACCAAGAACCAGAAACCAAACACCAGCGCCAGCAAGCCAAAGAUGGAGAAGAAGACCGGAUCUGCUAUCAAUUUCGACGACACCGAGGCCUUCAUGGGAGCCCUCGAGAAGAUUCGUCGUGGUGGCAACGUGAUGAAGGCUGGUCAGGGUCGCGUCACCAAGUCUGGUCUCGUCGAAGAAGACAAGGAGAACGGUAACCCUGAUAUCAUUCCUGCUAAGGAGCCUGAGCCUGUUGUUGAGGAGGCCAAAUGCCUACUAGCUGAGGAGAAUGGUGUUGUUACUCCUGAAGAAGCUCCUGAAGAAGGCCCAAAAGAGGCCACUAAGGAGGCCACUGAAGAGAUCACCGGAGAUAUCACUGAAGACGUCGCCGAAGAGGCUGCUGAAAAGAUUGCUGAAAAUGCCACUGAACAAGCUUUUUCCCCUAAAGAGGAAGACCGUGAGCAUUUGGUCACUUUUAAGACCUGGGGCACUCCAGCUCCGCGUACUGCCAGCAACGCCGCACCACGCCGUAUCAUCCUGACCAACAUCCCAGCCUCCCUCCGUAGCCAUUCUCGUGUUCUUGCUCUCGUCCAUGGAGGCAAGAUCGAGUCUGUUUCCGUUCACCCUGCCAGCCAGUCUGCCGAAAUCCGCUUCUGUGCCGCGGCUGACUGCAAGGCGUUCUACGACAAGUACCCUAACGGUAUUGACUUCGAGUAUAACGGCAGCCGUGGAACCGUCUUCGUGGACAUUGGCAAGGAAGUAGACAUCGUUAGCUCUCGUCUUGCCGAAUGUUUGGAUAUCGGAGCAACUCGGGUUGUUCGUGCCAUCGGGGCUCCUCUCAGCGUCAGUAUUGGUGAGUUGGUCGAGCUCAUCGAUGCUAAGAAGUGGCAGCUCGAGAAGAUUAUCGACUCCUAUGAAGCUUCAGUUAAAAUCCGCACUGUCGUCUUCAGAUUCUGCACCAUCGAUUCUGCUGUCCGCUUCCGCUCAUGCCUUAUCCGCAUGGACGAUUGGGACCAGGCCAAUGUUCAGUUCGGCUCUGACCCAUGCGAACUUGCCACUGGCACCCACUGGGACUAG